UUUUGCUUGGCAGAUCAGUGCCGUGGCCGGGAAGUGGUAACACACACAUACAUACACACGAUUCCGGAUCCGAUUCGGAUUCGGAUUCGGGUUCGGAUUCGGAGUCCGGCGAAUCGUUCCGGGAGGUUGGUUUGAUAUAAUGAUUCACGGCCCCGAACCCGAUGGUGUGGAGUGUAGCGCAGUCCCCCACCCUAGCUUGCUAAGUUAACCCAAUUGCUGCAGACCAGACCAGACCCAACCCGUUAGUUAGUUUGACUCCCUCUCUCCCAGUAAAACGAAUCUCACUCGCUCACUUCCCUUUCCCUCUUAAUUCGCACACUGAAACAUCGCCUUCUUCCCCUUACCCCGCCGGAAUAUUCUUUCACUUGCCCGGGUUAUUAUUUGUCUCUCCACACUUCGGAAGUUCUAAACUUUGAUGAAAGCUCGCGUCUUUCACUGCAGCUGCCCCAUUUUAGUGUGAUUAUUCUGUCUAUGAUUAUUAUCAUGCAGUAGUAGGGUUUGCAACUUUGUGUUAUCCAUUUGGGCUUUUAGUUGGGAAACUCUACCUUUCAUAAAAUGUAUGUUGUUCCUCCUCCUAAUCGUUCAGAUCCGUUAUCUGGAUCCACCAACGGGGCGGAUGAGCUCCGGAUUUACCAGACCUGGAAAGGCAGCAAUAAGUUUUUCCUAGAAGGAAGAUUUAUUUUUGGACCAGAUGUAAGGUCACUGUUUCUCACGAUAUUACUGAUCGUGGCACCUGUUGCAGUGUUUUGUGUCUUUGUUGCUAGAAAGCUAAUGGAUGACUUUACUGAUCACUGGGGAAUUUCAGUCAUUGUGGUUGCUGUUGUUUUCACAUGUUAUGAUUUAGUUCUUCUCUUAUUAACAUCUGGUAGAGACCCAGGUAUAAUUCCUCGAAAUGCCCAUCCACCAGAACCUGAAGGCUAUGAUGGUAGCAUGGAAGGAGCUCAAACACCACAGUUGCGGUUGCCUCGCGUUAAGGAAGUUGAUGUCAAUGGUAUUACAGUGAAGAUUAAGUACUGUGACACCUGCAUGCUUUAUCGGCCUCCCCGUUGCUCUCACUGUUCGAUAUGCAAUAACUGUGUUGAACGAUUUGACCAUCAUUGCCCAUGGGUCGGGCAGUGCAUAGGACUGAGAAAUUACCGGUUCUUCUUCAUGUUUGUCUUCUCCACAACUCUACUUUGCCUGUAUGUUUUUGGUUUCUGCUGGGUAUACAUUAGAAGAAUCAUGGAUGCUGAGGGGAUAUCAAUAUGGAGAGCAAUGAUCAAGACCCCUGCUUCCAUUGUUUUAAUUGUCUAUACCUUUAUAGCUGUUUGGUUUGUGGGUGGUCUUACAGCAUUCCAUCUAUACCUAAUCAGUACAAAUCAGACCACUUACGAGAAUUUCAGAUACAGAUAUGAUCGCCGUGCCAAUCCCUACAACAAAGGGGUAUUGGAGAACUGCAAAGAGAUAUUCUGUGGUCCUAUACCUCCAUCAAAGAACAAUUUUAGGGCUAAAGUGCCCCGGGAACCUGCUCUGCCUGCUCGGUCUACGGCAGGAGGCUUUGUAAGUCCAAACAUGGGUAAGGCAGUGGAUGACAUAGAGAUGGGAAGGAAGGCGGUGUGGGGCGAUGUUGGUUCGGUGCUAGAUCAUCCUGAAAGCCAAAUGAGCGACAAUGAUGGGUUAAACAGCAAGGAUGCCGGAUUGGGGGAAAUGUCUCCAGAGAUAAGGGUCACUGUAGACGAGGGAGAUCGUGCAGGAAUACAUCCAAGGCGUUCAAGUUGGGGCAAGAAAAGCGGGAACUGGGAAAUGUCGCCUGAAAUCCUUGCAUUGGCAUCCAGGAUGGGGGAAGCAGAUCGAACUGGUGGGAGUAGCAGCACCAUGAGAACAGCAGAAAGCAAGUAGUUCCUCGGCAUACGAGUUUGUUCGUUGAAAGGUGUGGGUUGUGGUGAUUAGGCGUCGCAUGGGGGAGGGGGCAGGUCCAGAUUAGCAUUGGACUCCAACUACUUAAUUAUAUAUGCCCUUUGAUUUCAGUAUGUUGUUGUGUGAUUGUGGUUUUGUCUGUUUGUUGUUUGUUUGUUUGCGGUUUGAAUGAAAGAAUGAAUUAAUGCAUGUGGUGUGGUGUGGUGUGGUGUGGUGUGGUGUGGUUGUUGCUUCCUCGUCCCUUAUUCCUCAUAGCAACGAACAUUCUGAGUAUUGUAUUUUGGUGGAUCAGAUGUAAUAGUAGUUGUUGUUGUUGUUGUUCUGAGUA